AAAGUACGGCUUCAAUAAUGGGUUUUACUUUCCAAGUCAGACGGUGAGAAUGUAAAAAAAAGUAAUUUACUGUACAAAUGCAAUUAAAAUCAAUUUCCGAUGAGCGACGUCCAUCCAAUCACGCUAGAAGGGCAAGCUGUUGAAGAGAUUCUAAGGGAAGCAAAGAGAUCAAAGGAGCUUGCUAAUGAAUAUGGAGCAUUUGGAUGGAAAAAGAGAGACAUUUUACCAAAUAAGCGUUUCCUGAAUAAUACUUUGGUGAGCACACUUCGACACAGCUAUAGGGAGGAUAAAAAGCACAGAGACGGUAGUUAUCGUAAAUAUCAGAAUCAUAUGAACAACAGACGCGGUAGAGGUAGAAAUUAUUAUCGAAAUCAGGGAGAUCGUGAAGAAAUUGUUGAACCAGAACCAAAUGAACCGGAACCUGAUUAUGGAGAAUUCGAUGCUAUUGCUUACUCAGACAAAUGCACAGAUUUGUAUAUCCGAGAUUCACACAGAAAACAUUCUUUUAUGAAAGGGAACUUUGUAGAGAAGCGUUACAAGCAUAGUUCCUCAGAUUCCGAGGAGUCCUACACAGAGUAUGAUGAUCCUUCACAUGAUAAAUGGCAACAUGACAGAUUUGAAGGCAAGUGGUCAGACACUGGCUCUGCAGAUGAAUAUGCAGCAGAGUUUGAGGAAAAAACUGAAGGAACUCAAAAGGAUGAAGAUGUAUACAGACAAAGUAAAAACAAAAGACAACAUUCUCAUCAGACAGACAGAAGACAAGGCAAAUCACACAGAGAUUGUAAACCUGAUCAGGGAAGUCUAAGGAAAAGAAGUCGUCCCAGUAGAGAGUCUCAGUUUAGACCUGAAGUUAAUAACGUAGACUAUGAAGGUGCUGGAACAUCAAAAUAUAAUGAAGGAAGUGGAUAUUCUGAUGACGAUAUUUCAGAUCUGCAUCAAGCCAAAAAGAUAAUAAGGAGAGAGGAUAUGGUUAUGUCAGAAACAGAUGAAGAAAGUGAUGAAGAAUGCUUAAAUUCAGGGACAGAAUCUGCUGAUAAUAUUGAAAAACCUAAGAAACAUAAAGGUAAAAGCAAGAAAACAAGAAAACUGCCAAAUGAUGGCAAAACCUUGUGGGAAAAAAUAAGUUCUAGAAGUAUGUAUGCUGAUAUAGAGGAAAUAAAAAUGAAGAAAGGUUCAGUUAGUGCAAAACAUGAUUUUGAUAGAAAAGGAAAUAGAAAAUAUUUAAAACAAGUGAAACUUGAAAAAGAAGAAAGGAGAGAAAAAUAUCUAAAACAAAAACAGAAAGAUGAGGAAGAAGAAAUGCAAAGGAUAGCUGAUAGGGAAAGGGAAGAACAAGCAAUGAGAGACAAAGCUGAAAGAGAAAGGAAAGAAGAAUCCAUGAAAAGGCUUGCAGAUAGAAAGAGAAAAGAAGAAGAAAUGAGACAUGAAGCUGAAAGAGAGAGAAAUGAAAUAGAUAUGAGAAGGGUUGCUGACAUGCAGUGGCAAGAAGAGCAAAUGAGGAUGGCAGCCUUUGAACAUUUUAGAGGGCGUCCACCAAGGAGACCAUUCAGAGGCAGACCAUUUAUGAGAGGUAGACCUCUUUUCAGAGGUAGACCUCCAAGAGGUUUCAGGGGUGGGUUCCCUAUGUUUCCACCCAUUAAUCCAUUCUACGCUAGUUUUCUUUAUGAAAUGGAUCCUUACCUUUUGGAAAAGUUUAUAAAAGAACAUGGUCACAAACUUUUAAAGAAAUCUAAGCGUCGUGGAUAUAAAUCUGAAUCUAGUUCUAGGUCAAGAUCUCGUUCAAGAUCAAGGUCACAUAGAUAUAAAAAGAAGAAAAAACGUUACUACUCUGACAGUGAUUCAAGUUAUUCAAGAGACAGGUCUAACAGUAGAUCAAGAAGACAUUCAUCUAGACAUAGUUCAAGUUAUUCUAGAAGUAGGUCUAGACAUCGGUCAGGAGAUCGCCCUCGAAGUCGUUCUAGACAUCGGUCGAGAGACCGCUCUAGAAGUCAUUCUAGACAUCGGACGAGAGAUCGCUCUAGAAGUCAUUCUAGAUCAAGGAGGUACAGCUCAGACCAUCAUUCUAAAAGUAGAUCUAGAAGUCACAGAAGCCGAUCAAGACAUAGAAGAUCAUAUAGUCAUGAAUCAAGAAAAAAUUCUGUCUCGGAUAAAGAUAGUUCUGAAAGAUCUCAUAGUCGUUCAAAAAGAAAACAUAAAAAAUCUAGAAAGCAUAAAAAAUCUAAACACAGAAAGCACUCAAGAAGUAAACACAGAUCAAAGAAAUCAAGUGAAUCAGAGUCAGAAAAUGAAGAGAACAGUGAUCGUGGCAGUGAAUCAGAUAAUGAAAGCAAUGCAGUUGAAAGUGAAAAAUCUGCAUAUAAUGAAGAGCAGUAUUCAGAAAAUGGUGUUCAACUGGAGGAGGAAGAGUCUGAGGGGGAAAUAGUGUCUGAUGGCAAAGGUGACUUGGAGAAUGUGUCGGAUGAGGAGAGUGGUGAAGCUUGGAGUAGCUCUUCAGAGGAAGGUGUUUUAGAAUGAUGUUAAAUGACAACAGAACGUGUCAUACCUGAUGAGGGAUAUAUGAUACCUAGCGAGUGCAGAUCUUGAUUAAAAGAAAAUAGUCUCUGUUGAUAAGUUUCACUUCUCUAAAGGUGGAAUGUAUGACACAAAUUUGUCGAAAGGUGGAAUGUAUGACACAAAUUUGUGUACAUUCCAUCUUUCGAGAAGUGAAACGUAUCAACAUUAUUACAUUUAUGUAAAAUUAGCAAAAAUUAGUUUCCUAUCUGAGGACAACUAUUAGAAUGACUUGAUGGAUGUCAUUUCAUGACCGGUAACAAUUAAAUUGAGAUCAGUUUUAAAAUAUUAUGGGUUAUUGAAAUAAUAAUUUAUACAUGCAUUUAUUUUGCUGUAUAGAGGAAAUUUAGAACUUGAGUUUGGUAUUAUUUAUUUAAAUGAAUUGGUAAAAUGAAGGUAUUUGUUUAGUCUAUAUUCUAGUCUCCUUUACAGAGGUCUAUAUGAUAAUUACUACCCUGCCAAUAUUGGCUAAGGUGGACACUGUAAGUUUACAAUCCAUUUUUAGCUCGACUAUUCAAAGAAUAGUCUAGCUAUUCUACUCACCCUGGCGUCGACGUAGGCGUCACACCUUGGUUAAGUUUUUGCAUGCAAGUACAUACAGCUAUCAUUUAAAGGCAUAUAGCUUUGAAACUUAUUUAUUCUUUUUCUAGGUCAAUUACCAACCUCACUGGGUCAAGUUCCAUAACUCUAACAUUUAUUUUGAGUAAAUUAUGCCCCCUUUUGGACUUACAAAAUGUUGCUUAAAGUUUUACAUGCAAGUUACUAUCUCCAAAACUAAUGCAGAUAUUGAAUUGAAACUUCACAUGUGUCUUCGGGGUUAUAAAACUAGUUGAUAGCACCAAGUCCCAUAACUCUGACCUUCAUUUUGGCCAAAUUAUGCCCCCUUUUGGACUUAGAAAAUUUUGGUUAAAGUUUUGCGUGCAAGUACAUACAGUUAUUACUAAAAGGCAUAUAGAUUUUAAACUUACUUUUUCUUUUUCUAGAUCAAUUACCUACCUCACUGGGUCAGGUCCCAUAACUCUGACAUGUAUUUUGGCCAAAUUAUGCCCCCUUUUGGACUUUUACCUACCUCACUGGGUGAAGUUCCAUAACUCUGACAUGUAUUUUGGCCAAAUUAUGCCCCCUUUUGGACUUGGAAAAUUCUGGUUGAAGUUUUGCGUGCAAGUACAUACAGCUAUUACUAAAAGGCAUAUAGCUUUUAAACUUAUUUUUUCUUUUUCUAGAUCAAUUACCUACCUCACUGGGUGAAGUCCCAUAACUCUGACAUGUAUUUUGAGCAAAUUAUGCCCCCUUUUGGACUUAGAAAAUCCUGGUUAAAGUUUUACAUGCAAGUUACUAUCUCCAAAACUAAUGCAGAUAUUAAAUUGAAACUUCACAUGUGUCUUCGGGGUUAUAAAACUAGUUGAUAGAAUCAAGUCCCAUAACUCUGACAUGUAUUUUGGGCAAAUUAUGCCCCCUUUUGGACUUAGAAAAUCCUGGUCAAAGUUUUGCGUGCAAGUACAUACAGCUAUUACCAAAAGGCAUAUAGCUUUGAAACUUCUUUGUUCUUUUUCUAGGUCAGUUACCAACCUCACUGGGUCAAGUUCCAUAACUCUUAACAUGUAUUUUGAGCAAAUUAUGCCCCCUUUUGGACUUAGAAAAUUCUGGUUAAAGUUUUACGUGCAAGUUACUGUCCUCAAAACUAAUGCAGAUAUGGAAUUAAAACUUAACAUGUUUCUUCGGGGUUAUAAAACUAGUUGAUAGCAUCAAGUCCCAUAACUCUGAUAUGCAUUUGGUCAAAUUAUGUCCCGUUUCGAACUUAAAAUUCUUUUGAUAUUUAACAUUUUGGGUAAUAAUUUCCUGCUUCUGUGACAAUAUUCCGAAUAGUCGAGCUUGGCUGUCUUACGGACAGCUCUUGUUUCUUUAGACAAGUCUGUUGGUCUGAAUUCUGUCAUGAUAUAACUAUUUGGAGAUAAUGCAAAUUAUUUUACCAGUACUCAUGUUUCUGUGGAAGUAAGAAGAGGUUGAAUAAACCUUUUGUAUCUCUUGAAGUCAGUGAAGAUUUGUGAGUGAAUCAGCUGUCAUUUAAAGAAUAUGUUUGCUGUUUUGGGGAACACAUGCAACUGUUAAAAACACUUAAAGCUCUCAAAGUUGGUUAAAUUGUAACAGUUGCUUUAAAUAAUUUCAAAUAUUUCACCUAGAAUCAUGAAACACCAUAAACAGUGACAGGAAGUGGGGGCACCAGUGUACUAGGGACACAUAUCUAGUUAUUUCAUAGUGGUGUUUCAAAAUCUUUUAACCAGUAUUACAUGAAAUUUAGGAGUGAUCAAAUUUAUUAUCUAACUUUUUAUUGCCAUUUGCAGAUGUACAAGUGAUUAAUUUUUUUUUAAGAAAAAUAAGUAGAUUCCUGAAAAUUGUGAUUAAUUUUUCAUGCUGUGUAUUUUUUUCAGUCAAAGUCUAUAGCAGCAUGAUAUGUGCUGUAUGUUGUAAAUGUAUUAGUUCUAGAAAAAUACUAAUAUUUGAUCCCUGUAACAAGUUAUGUGACAAAAUAUUGUAGUGUAAUUAAAGGAAAUAAUCUUUAAA